CAGAAAUGUGAUCAUUCUUCAGACGGUUUUGCAGGAAGUAAGGAGGCGGAGUGCACCAGUAUACAAGCGAAUUAGAGAUGUGAUAGCUAAUCCUGAAAAACAUUUCUAUUCUUUUACUAAUGAGCAUCACAAGUUCAUUCAAAGAAGGUAGCAAAAAUACCACAGGGCAAAGCUACUAAUGUGGAGAAGGGAGGGACCCCAUGAGUGUGUUGGCCUUUUAAAGUUCUUUCUUUUAACAGUUAAGUUUAUUUUGAGAGUCCAGAUAUUUUCCCUGCCUGCCAACUUUUAACAAAUAGUGGACAGCAUCUGGACUAGCAUUACAUCAGUAGAAAUCUUUUCAUGAAUGGAAGGAGUGUUGCACUUGUGCAGUCCUCUUUCUGUUAACAGAACAAGCUUCCGCUAAUGAAGCACUAGUCUGGAUGCUGCCCCCCCCCCAUUAAAAAAACAAUGCUUAAGAGCUUUACACAGUUACAAAGAAUGGCAACAGAGAUAGGAGGCAGGGAAAAGGAGGUGCUGAUUAGAGAGGGACAGCCUGACAAAAGAGGUGUUUACAAUGGAGAUCUCUGUGUGACAGGAGGCAGAGCAUUAGGGUGCAAAAGGCUAGAGAUGGAAGAUAGAUGAAUUCUUACAGUAAGCUCAGGUUCUGUGGUCUGCAGCCAUGGUACUUGCAGCAUUGCUUGGAGAGGAAAUUAAAUCUGCAUGCUAUUCCUUCAGUGUUCCCUCUAAGGCGUGCACUCACAAGUUCUUAAAUGUCUGCUCAGUUAAUUUGAGAUCUUGCUCAGGUUGAAUCAGUAAGGUUCCACUCUGAAUGCAUGUGCAUAAACACUGGUUUGAUACUGCUGCCCAGAACAAAACUCAUUCCACACACAGAUAGAAAAAAUUAGAAAGAACACUGUCCUUCUCCUUCCCCCUCUCCACCCUUUAAAAGCAGUUAACUAGGUAAUUUCAUUUUAAGACCAUAGGCAAAUGUCAGUAAAUCAGUACAUGCUAUAUUCAUAUACUAACUUUUGUUACAGACCUACUUUUGUUGAUGCCAGAGAGAAAUGCAGAGAAACAUAUAUAGAACAAGAACAAGGAGAAAAUUCUAAUGACCGCAAUGACAGAGCCAUCAGAGUGGCUGUAAAAUGGUAUAAUGAACACCUGAAGAAGUUGCAAAGCAAAGAGAAGGUGCAAGUUAUCUUGCUUACAAAUGACCGAACAAAUAAGGAGCGUGCUUUGGAAGAGGGAAUAACUGCUUAUACAUGUGAAGAAUAUAUAAAGAGCUUGAUAGCAAACCCUGAACUUGUGGAUCGACUUGCUUCCUUAAAUGAUGACGGGAAUGAGAUAGAAAGUGGGAGGAUCAUUUUCUUGGAGCAUCUUCCUCUAAGCAAACUGCAGCAGGGCAUAAAAUCUGGCCUUUACCUUCAAGGAACCUUCAGAGCCAACAGAGAUAAUUACCUCGAAGCUACAGUUUGGGUUCAUGGAGAUGGAGAUGAGAGAGAGAUAAUAAUACAAGGACUUCGAAACUUAAACCGAGCAGUACAUGAAGAUAUUGUAGCAGUGGAACUCUUGCCAAAAGAUGCCUGGGCUGCACCAUCAUCUGUGGUCUUGCUUGAUGAUGAGGGUCAGAAUGAAGAGGAUGUCGAAAAAGAAGAGGAGAAAGAAAAAAGUUUCAAGGUUUCUGUUAGCAAGAAUAUGCUGCGACCAACUGGCAGGGUUGUGGGCAUUAUCAAAAGAAACUGGAGGCCUUUUUGUGGCAUGCUUUCUAAAUCACAUAUAAAAGAGGCAAGACGGCAUUUAUUUACACCAGCUGAACGCAGAAUCCCUCGAAUUCGAAUAGAAACAAGACAGGCUACAGCACUUGAAGGCCAAAGGAUUAUAGUUGCUAUUGAUGGCUGGCCUAGAAAUUCGAGAUAUCCUAACGGCCAUUUUGUAAAGAAUUUAGGAGCUGCUGGAGAUAAGGAGACUGAGACUGAGGUCCUGUUACUUGAACAUGAUGUCCCUCACCAGCCCUUCUCCCAAGCUGUUCUUAGCUUCCUGCCUCAAAUGCCCUGGAGCAUUACUGAUCAGGAUAUGAAAUUUAGAGAGGACCUGAGGCAUUUGUGUGUGUGCAGUGUAGAUCCUCCUGGCUGUACUGAUAUUGAUGAUGCAUUGCAUUGUAGAGAUCUGGAAAAUGGAAAUCUGGAGGUUGGUGUACACAUUGCAGAUGUCAGCCAUUUUAUUCGACCAGGAAAUGCUUUGGAUCAAGAAUCUGCAAAAAGGGGCACAACUGUGUAUCUGUGUGAAAAAAGAAUUGAUAUGGUUCCAGAACUACUUAGUUCCAACUUAUGUUCCCUGAGAUCCAAUGUGGAUAGGCUUGCAUUUUCAUGUAUAUGGGAAAUGAAUCACAAUGCUGAAAUCUUGAAAACCAGAUUUACAAAAAGUGUCAUUAAUUCCAAGGCUUCCCUUACAUAUGCUGAGGCACAGAUGAAAAUAGAUUCCACCAGCAUGAAUGAUGACAUUACUACUAGUUUACGUGGACUAAAUAAGCUUGCCAAAAUUCUUAAAAAGCACCGGAUAGAAAAAGGGGCUUUAACACUUUCUUCACCUGAAGUUCGUUUCCACAUGGAUAGUGAAACCCAUGAUCCUAUUGACUUGCAGACAAAGGAGCUCAGAGAAACCAACUCUAUGGUUGAAGAAUUCAUGUUGCUGGCUAAUAUCUCUGUAGCACAAAAAAUUUAUGAUGAAUUCUCAGAACACGCCUUGCUGAGAAAGCAUCCUGCUCCUCCUCCUUCAAACUAUGAUAUCCUUGUGAAGGCAGCAAAGUCUAAGGGUUUGGAAAUCAAAACCGAUUCAGCAAAAGCCCUGGCUGAUUCUCUUGAUAGUGCAGAAUCUCCCUCUUUCCCGUAUCUGAAUACUCUAUUACGUAUCUUGGCUACUCGCUGCAUGAUGCAAGCUGUUUACUUUUGCUCUGGAAUGGAUAAUGAUUUUCAUCACUAUGGCUUAGCAUCACCUAUUUAUACGCACUUUACUUCACCAAUCAGAAGAUAUGCUGAUAUAAUUGUGCAUCGACUAUUAGCUGUGGCUAUAGGAGCAGACAGUACUUACCCUGACCUCACAGAUAAACAUAAAUUAUCAGAUUUGUGUAAGAAUCUCAAUUACAGGCAUAAAAUGGCUCAGUAUGCCCAGAGAGCAUCUGUUGCUUUCCACACCCAGUUGUUUUUCAAAAGUAAAGGUGUGGUGAACGAAGAAGCAUAUAUUCUGUUCGUAAGAAAGAAUGCAGUUGUGGUUCUGAUUCCCAAAUAUGGCUUAGAAGGCACUGUGUUCUUUGAAGAAAAAGAUAAGCCAAAACUAACGCUCCUGUAUAACGAUGAGAUUCCCUCACUUACUGUGGAAGGCACCACAUUCUAUAUAUUUGACAAAGUUAAAGUUAACAUCAUGUUAGAUGCUUCCAAUCUCCAACACCAGAAAAUCCGAAUGGCUCUGGUAGAACCCAAGGUAUCAGGCAGUAGUGUUUCCACCCAGGCUCUGAAAUCAAACAGUGAACCAGAGGACAAGAAGAAGAAAUUAGGAGAAUAGUUUCAUUUUAGCAAUGAAUAAAUUGUUCCUGAGGCACACUGUAUAUCACAUUUACAGUUUGAGAUUACUUUUAAAGAAAUUUGUUAAAUUUGUAGCUUAAUUUAAACUUUUUUUAUUCUCCCUUGUUAUAAUGCAAUUUUUAAAUACUCCUAUUUAUGUAUUGUAUCUCUCAAAGUACCAUUUAAAAAUGAAGCUAAGCUUCUGGAAAUUGCUGGCUCUGUAUAUUAAUUUGGAUGCAAAAUCUAUUUUUUAGGUUAGAUAUUAAGAACUGAUAAUGUGCUAAUACAGUACCAUUUGAAAUUUUUGGAAUGAAUCUAACUUUAAUCUGUAAUAUGGAUCUCUCUUCAGAAUUUUUUGUUGGUCACCAUAUGUUUUUCUUUCUGAUAUUUGUUGUUUUAAAUAACUUAAAGGAGAAUGAUAGUGGUGCCACUGGUGCAACAGUCUUAAAACCAGAACUGUGAAAGUCAUAUAAGCUGUAUAGUAUGAAAACGUAAAAAAGAGAGACCUUGUGCUUAUUCCUUUGCUCUCUUCAGCCUCAAGUGAGUGAAGAAGUAUGUUGGGGGCACGAUGCCGCUGAAGUGUGGGUCAAGGGACACAAACACUUCUGUCAGUUGUACACAUAUUAAAUACUUCUCAUAUCUUGCUAUUUUCUUUAGUUCAGUAAACAUGGAGGCCUGUGCAACUGUGUUUGAAUAAGUUCAUUUUUGUACUGUAGAUGCAAUAAAAAUUUAUACCAUAA